AUGCACUUCAAGGAAGGAGUGCGUAUCGAAGUAGUCAGACGAACUAGGCGGUUGGACGUUCUCGCUGCAGCUGGACGGUUGAAUUCGAUGUCGCCUGACAUCUAUAAUAGAUACGACAAUCUCAUCACCCAGUAUUCCAAUCCAAAACCUGGGUUGGAUCCUAUUUGUGCAUUCGCCAUACAAAUCGCUCUUGAGAAGAUCCCAAUGGUCUUAAGCACCUCCAUCGAAGCACUCGUGAAGGAACGGCGGUCAUUUGGUUUCUGGAGUCCUUGGAGGUGUGACGUUUACACCCUUUCAUACCAAGCAGGCUACCUGCAAGACCGUUUGGAAGUUGCUUCUUUACUGUGGCCAAACAACAAGUGCUGA